AUGGGGCUGCGGCCGGGGGGGAUCCCGGGGGGGCUCCCGGCUUUGGGGGUCCCGGGGGGGCGCCCGGGGGUCGCGGCGGGUUUGGGGGGGUCCCGGCUUUGGGGCUCCCGGGUUCGGGGGUCCCCGGCGCUGCUGCCGCUGCUGCUGCUGCUGCUGCCCGCGGGAGCCGCCCCCAAAUACGUGCGGGGCCGCAUCAGCACCAAGGAGGACUGGGUGUUCCUGACCCGUUUCUGUUUCCUGUCCGAUUUCGGCCGCCUGGAUUUCCACUUCCGCUACCCCGAGGCCAAGUGCUGCCAGAACAUUCUGCUCUACUUCGACGACCCGUCCCAAUGGCCCGCGGUCUACAGGAGGGGGGGCAAGGACUGCCUGGCCAAGGAGUCGGUGAUCCGGCCCGAGAACAACCAGGUGAUCAACCUGACCACCCAGUACGCCUGGUCCGGCUGCCAGGUGCUGCCGGGGGUCUCGGGGAGGGUCCUGAGCUGCUCCAGCGGCCGCAGCUUCCGCUCGGUGCGGGAGCGCUGGUGGUACGUGGCGCUCAGCAAGUGCGGGGGCGGCGGGCUGGAGCUGGAGUACGAGAUGGUUCUGACCAACGGGAUCCUGGAGACCGACAUCACCUUCCUCCUCAUCUUCACCCUCAUCUUCCUCCUCUCCUGCUACUGCGGCUUUCUGAGCCUCCUCCUGAGCUGCGUCUAUUGGGGCCAGUACGGCUGUGACGGGGUGGGGCACGGCGCCCUCAAACUGCUGGGGAAGCUCCUGUUCUCCAUCAGCUUCCUCAUCUUCCUCCUGAUGCUGAUCCUGCUGGGCAAGGGCUUCUCCGUCACCAGGGGCCGCAUCAGCCCGGGGGGCUCCGUCCGUCUGUCCGUCUACAUGACCCUGUACAGCAUCGCCCACAUCGCCCUGCUCACCUACGAGGCGCAGUUUUUUGACCCGGGCCAGGUGCUGUACACGUACGAGUCCCCGGCCGGGUACGGGCUGAUCGCGCUGCAGUUCGGCGCCUUCGCCUGGUUCUGCGCCGCCGUGGGCGCCACGCUGAGCGCCGUGCCCGAGCGCCGCCACUUCUACCUGCCCUUCCUGGGCGCCUACACCUUCUGGUUUUUGGCCGUGCCGGUUUCGGCUCUCGUGGCCAAUUUUGGGAUCCCCAAAUGGGCUCGGGAGAAAAUCGUGAACGGGAUCCAGCUGGGGACGCACCUGUACGCCCACGGCGUCUUCCUGGUGCUGACGCGUCCCUCGGCAGCCAAUAAGAAUUUCCCGUUCCACGUGCGCACCUCGCAGAUUGGCUCCGCCCCGGGAGGGGGCGUGGCCUCCGGGACCCCGCCCCGGUUCCCGCGCCCCUCCCCCACGGGGGGCUACGGGAACGUCACGUUCAUCAGCGACAGCGUCCCCAACUUCACCGAGCUCUUCUCCAUCCCCCCCCCGCAGGGAAAAGCGAGCGUGCGGCCGCAGGUGGAGGAGACCCCGGCGGGGGGAGGGGCGGGGGGAGGGGUCUGGGCCCCUCCCCCAGCCAAGGCGCCCCUCCCCCACGGGGGGGGCCCCGAAUAUUUCAGCGUCCACUCGGGGGGGGGGCGGCUCCUGUGAGCCCAAAAUGCGCCCCAAAAGGGGACCCGGGGACCCCAACAUUGGCCAAAUUCUGCCCCAAAAUCUGCCCCAAAAUCUGCCUGAAAUGGGACCCGCGGGACCCCAACAUUGGCCAAAUUCUGCCCCAAAUUCUGCCCCAAAAUCUGCCCCAAAUUCUGCCCCAAAUUCUGCCCCAAAUUCACCCCAAAUUCUGCCCCAAAUUCUGCCCCAGAUUUUGCCAAAUUCACCCCAAAUCCCGGCCCCAAAAGGGGACCCGGGGGACCCCAACAUUGGCCAAA